AUGGUAUGCCAUUGGGUUUUGAAUGCUUGGAAUAAUAUUUCUGAAGAAAUUAUUAUCCGGGCAUUCGAAAAAUGUGGUAUCUCCAAUUGCUUGUCAGGAAAGAAGGAAUCUGAUGAAGAUAAAGAGAAGGAAUUUGAUGAAAAUGAAGAGGAGGAAUCUAAUGAAGAACCUGAUGAAAAACCCAAUGAAGAAGAUAAAGAGUCUGAUGAAGAGUAUAAAACUGGUGACAAAAAUGAAUCUGGUAAUAAGAUGGACAAUUAUAAGUGGCCAGAGUGCUAG